UCAUUUGCUAUCGCCAGUCUUUUCUCUCUCGUCGUCAAAAUGGCAAAUCGUGCUGCUCGUCAUGCUCGUACUGAGGAAUCAGAAAAUACAAUAAAUUAUGUACAAUGCGACGGUUUGGCCGUCAUGAAAAUGGUUAAGCACUGCCAUGAGGAGUCCAGCAACAUGGAUUUGGCUCAGGGCGCACUGCUCGGCUUGGUUGUUGACAAGUGUCUGGAGAUAACCAACUGCUUUCCCUUCCCAAAGAGCAAUGAUGAGACCAUGGACGAGGAAAUGUAUCAACUGACCGUCAUGCGGCGUCUGCGUCGCGUUAAUGUUGAUCAUCUGCACGUCGGCUGGUAUCAGAGCUCUGAUGUGGGUAAUAGUCUGUCUCUGGCGCUGCUCGAAUCGCAGUACCACUAUCAGACCAGCAUUGAGGAAUCCGUUGUAGUGGUCUACGAUACGCAGAAAUCCUCGCGUGGUUUCCUCUGUCUGAAGGCUUACCGUCUGACGCCACAGGCCAUCCAAAUGUACAAGGAUGGCGAUUUUACGCCCGAGGCAUUCCGCAAUCUUAAGGUCGGCUACGAGAGCCUGUUUGCCGAAAUACCGAUUGUCAUUAAGAACUCGCCACUGACCAACAUCAUGAUGAGCGAAUUAAACGAAUUGCUGCCCGAGGAUAAGGGCCACAACUUUUUGGAUCUGGGAACGGCGUCGGUGCUGGAGAAUCAUAUGCGCAGCUUGAUUGAGCGCGUCGACGAGCUUUACCAGGAGGCGGUGCGCUACAACAAGUACCAGCAGGUGGUCUUCAAGCAGGAUACGGAGAAACACCGUGCUCUGGCCAAGCUGGCUGCUGAGAAUGCUGUGCGCACUUCCAAGGGUGAGCCCACUGUGCCCGAGGAGGAGGUGAUCAAACAGUUCCGUCCCAUGCCUGUGCCGGCCCGCCUGACAGCCACGAUCACAUCUGGCCAGAUCAACACGCACUCGCAACAUAUUGCACAGUUCUGUUCCCAAUCAUUGGCCAAACUCUUUAUAACCGAAUCGCUGCAGAACGCCAAGGAGGCCAAAGAAAUCAAGUAGUCUAACGAUUGAAAAGCAGAUCCACAUACAAUAUAGACGACUAAGCAUAAAAUUCGUUAUCAAAAGAGAGAGAGAGGAAGAAAAUUAAUAAAUGCUUGUUUUUCACGGCAAUGAAAAUAUA